AUUUUCUGCCGCAAAAAGUUCAGAUACGGGUUAGGGUUGUUCUCCAAAACUUCCCAUCCAGCAGAUAGUAGUUGAAGCUUUCUCUGGUUUCUCAACAUCUUCCAUCCUUGCGCCAUCCCUCAUCACCAACAAAACCACACAUCAUGAAAUUGACCAAUCCCGGCGCGGUGCCAGUAUACACCGUAUCUGGGCCGUCGACUGCGAGACCCCUUCCAGAAUGGCUUGCCCGCCGUAGAAAGAGAUCGGCCAAGUACGAGCCCGAAGAACUCAACAACUUCGAGCUCCUCCAGAACUUCGACUUCGAGGAGGCCAGCAACUGCGUCCGUGUCAGUGAAGAUGGCAACUGGAUCAUGAGUUCCGGUACCUACAAGCCCCAGUUCCACGUCCACAACACACAGGAACUGUCGCUGUCUUUCGCUCGCCACACGAAAUCCGAAAACACCACCUUCAUUAUGCUCAGCCAAGAUUACACCAAGAGCGUACACCUCCAAUCCGACCGUUCGAUUGAAUUUCAUACCCCCAUGGGAUGUCACUACGAAGUCAGACUCCCGCGCUUCGGCAGAGACCUUGCAUAUCUUCGCCAAAGCACAGAAGUGCUCAUUCCCUCUGUCGGUCUGAGUGCGGAUGGCUCUGGUAUGGGCGAGGUUUUUCGCCUCGAUCUGGAGCGCGGCCAGUUCUUGAGGCCAUGGCAGGUGGAUGUGGGUGAAGAUGAGCCCGGUGCUGGUCUUCAGGGAAGCAUCAACGUCGGAGCUGUUAAUGUUGCGGCCGUCGCCGAGUCGACACACGGUCUUUGCGCCUUCGGAACGACUGUCGGCACAGUCGAGUUCUACGAUCCCCGUAGCAGGAAUCGUGUUGCGGUAUUGGGCGGCCAAGAGGGCGAAAUUACUGCCUUGGAUUACAGCAGAGACGGUCUCUCUCUUGCGCUCGGAACAGGCACGGGUAUUGUUCAAGUUUUCGAUCUGAGAAACCCUCGCCCGCUUAUGCGGAAGGAUCAGGGCAUGGGUCUUCCCAUCAAGAACAUCAUCCACUUGACGACUCCUACCGAGGAAAAGAAGCUUCUCACGGCCGAUAAGAGAAUCAUCAAGCUCUGGGACGAACAGAGUGGCGACCUCUGGACCUCAAUCGAGCCGACCGUUGACAUUAACCAUGUGGCGCAUGUCCCCGAUUCCGGCAUGCUACUGACUGCAAACGAGGGCAAGCAGAUGCACAGUUUCUUUAUUCCCAACCUUGGCCUGGCUCCCAGGUGGUGCCAUUUCCUCGACAACAUGGUCCACGAAAUGGAGAACGAGAAGCGUGUCGACACAUACGACAACUACAAGUUCCUUACGAUACCCGAACUCAAGCAGCUCAGCUUGGCUCACUUGGUUGGCAAGACCAACCUGUUGCGUCCUUAUAUGCACGGUUACUUUGUACAUUCCAAAUUGUACGACCAGGCUCGUCUCAUUGCCAAUCCGUAUGUCUGGGAAGAGGAGCGGGCCAAGCGCGUCAAGGAGAAGGUUGAGAAGGCUCGCGAGAGCCGUAUCAGAGGUGUCAAGAAGGUCAAGGUCAAUCAGAAGCUGGUUGACAAGAUUGUUGAUCGUUCCGACAAGAAGAAGAUCGCCGCUGGUGUCUUGGGCGAUUCUCGUUUCGGUAAGCUGUUCGAGGAUGAGGAGUUCAAGGUCGAUGAGACGUCUAGGGAGUUCAGAGCCCUCAACCCCAGCACCCAGGUUGGCGGACAAGAUGUCGCAGUACAGCAUGUCAAGGACGACUCUUCAGUCACCAGCAACAGUGACGAUGAGAGCGAUCCGGAAAGCGAGGUCGAAAGCAAGAAAAAGAAGAGCAAGAAGAGCAAGGAUGACGUGGUCAUGCAGGUCUCGUCGUCCAAAAUUGCGGGCGGCAAGGCGAAGGAUACGGCAUUCGGCCAAAGAGCUCCAAGGACUGGGCGCGUCACCAAGGCCCGAACGGACGUGGUCGGAGAGCAGAAGAUUACGUUCGUGCCCGAGUCCAAGAAGAAGAAGCAGGCUGAACCCGAGGCUGCACCAACACGGAAGAGACAUGAUGGGAGGAGAAGUGCAAGCACGAACACCUUUAGACGACUGUAAAACGCCAGAAGCUUAUCCGUCCAACCCUAUAUACUAUACAUGUGAAAAAGUCAUGGUAUCUUUCAUGUCAACUCCCCCAGGCCGUGGUGAACCGGCUAAGAACAUGAUCACCGUCCACGGCACACAUUUCUUUCC